AUCACACUUUUCAACAAUCCCUAAAAUAAAUAAAUAAUAACAUUCACUUCACCAAAUCACACUCUCCAAAAUCUACAACAAUGGGAAAACAAUCCAAACCUAAAAAACCUGAAACCUUCGGAAAAGGUAAGGUAACUCCGAUCCAAGUUGCUUUCAUCGUCGACAGAUACCUCUGCGACAACAAUUUCUCCGAAACUAGAAAAUCCUUCAGAAACGAAGCUUCUUCUUUCAUAGCACAUUCUCCAAUCAACGAGGUUCCAAAGAGUUUAUUGAGCUUGGGUGAGAUGCUUGAUGAGUAUAUAUGUUUGAAAGAACAAAAGGUGAUGUUGGAUCAAGAAAGGGUUUUCAUGGAGCAAGAGAAAAACAGGAUUCAGAAUCUGUUGCAUGGUGUGCAAAAUGUUAUGAAUGUUUACAUUGCUAGUAAAAGUAUUUCUUCGACCAACGUCCCUGUGUCGAAUGCAAAACCUGUGGUGGUUCCUCAAUCGAAACUCGGUGUUCCUACUAAUACCAUUACAACUCAAAACACAUCAAAUAUACUAUCAGUUCCUCAGUCAGAUAACACCAUUGCAGAGAAUGGAAACUUCACAACACCAAUUUUGAGUGUAUCUGACAGAAAGAGAAAAGAUACUAAAGCAGUUGAUGCACCUUCAGCUGCAAAGAGAUCUCGCGGCAGCCGAUCAUCGAGUAGGAAAAUUCCAAUUCAUGGUCAAAACACACUGCCACAAUCAAACGGUGCUGCCAACCAUCAAAUAGUUUCUCACCCUUCUACUGCAGCUCAAUCAUCAGCUGUGAACUGUGUACCAAGUGGAUCACAGGUUCAAGGAUCGAGUGUUGUGAAAUGCUUAUUUAACCAGCCUCGAGCUUCUAUCCCAACCAAUUCACCGGUUCCCAAGACACCUCCGAGAGCAAAUUCCAAUCAAAGCGAUACAAAUAUAUCCCCUCCUGAGAUUUCUCAGACUACAUCCACUUGUUACACUGUAAUUUCGACCAAGAGAGUUAUGGUUAGCCCUGCAAAACAAAUGGCUUAUAUAGAGAGUAGUCAUUGCAUUUCUCCUGUUAAAAUGAAUUCGGACAAGACGAUUAAGAGAGAUCAUGUCAGAAGCAGAUUGGACUUUGAUUCAUCUGAUAGGCCUCAAAGUUUGGACUUGGACAAAUCAUUGCCACCUAAUGAGACUUCAAACAAUGAAGUUCACUUAUUUGACAUGGAUUUCCCUAACUUCGACGCCCUCGGCUUGGACUUCUCAUUUACUGAAAUGUUAAAUGAUCUAGAUUUUACUUGUGAGGACAUUGGUUUUUUGGGCGAUCAAGCACCAAGUCCUUCAAAUGAUAAUCCUUCAGGGUCUCCUCAUGAAUGUAAGGGUCAAGUUAUAUCUGAACUACCAUCAACUUUGGUAGAAUCUCUAUGUGAGAAAGAUUGAGUAUAUAAGAGAAAGAAGCUGUUUAUAUCAGGAGAAUUGUUGAUGUAAGAAUUUGGAGGAUUGGUAAAUUUGCUUGCUGCAAGAGAUUAUUAUGUUCAGUGCUCCAAAGAAUGCAGCUGUUCUUGAUAUAGGAUGUUAACACCAUUAAUUGAUUCCUUAACCUAUGAAUCUGUUUGUUCAAUGAUCAUAAGGAAAAGCUAAAAUCAUUUUUUGUAGUGAUUGUAGAUAAGUUACUUUCUGUACUGGUUUACUUAAUAGAUUAACUUUUAGUUAGACUUAUUAGAUGCUAAACAUGGUUAACAAUCUUAUGAUGAUGUUUAGAAUUUUCUGGUUCAAGUACUGUGUAACAGCUAAUCUUUGUAUCUGAUAGAGGUGAAGGAGAGACUAAACAUGCAAAGAAAGAACAGCAUAUGAAUUGAAUUCUGAAUUUGCAUUUACAUUAA